UUUAAUGUAAGUGACGCAACUUGGUGUAAUCACGGUCACCAACACGGACAUUGUAUCGAGCUGUCUGGCAAGAACCGGGACGUCCGUGACUGAUCGAUUUUUUCAGACCUAGCUGACAACGUGGCAAUUUUAUGCUUGAAAGUAUUUUUGGAAAUAUCUGUUUAAUUCAUAUUUUCUGUUCUGGUUCGAAUACGCUUCAAAUGGAAGACAACAUUCACAGACGAUACAUUUUUAUUGGCUGUAAAGGUUGACAAUAACGUUUCAUAAAUAACAACAGAUGAGUAAAUGCC